CUAAUGUCAAAUGUCAAUUAUUGUCAAAAGACGCAUCCAUAUUUUGCAUAUUUUGUGUCAUUUCAUGUUUUCGAAAAACGAGAAUUCCUAAGACAAUGCAUUUUUAGAAGCGUUUAAUCUUGUUAUGAAAACGAUAACACACUUUUAUUAUUGGGUACUAAUGGAGAAUUCAGACCUGGACACCUAAUAAGAAGCACUGAUAUAAACUUACUGAUUACUUUGCUUUUAAUCGUUAAAAAUGUCGAAGAAUGGCGAAGUGUCGUCAAAUCAAGGUCCGAGCAGACCGAGUAUGCCAAAACCUGAACUGAAUUUAUUUUGCUCAGACAAACGAAAAGUGAUGAACCUACCGUUUGGAGGUCCGUCAGCUGGUGAUAGUGCUGCAUUUAUGCCUUUUUCACAAAAUACAUCGGCACCAAAACCUCGAUUACCAUCGCGCACCAUCAGGGAUGUAUUGCCUGAUAAUACAAGAGAUAGAUCUCGAAUUUACCCUUCAAUGCAGUCCUCUGGAAAAUUACAGUUAUCUGCUACUGAAAUUUAUGAUUUCACUGCUGAUGAUUUACAAGAUCUUGGUGAAAUUGGACGAGGUGCUUUUGGAGCUGUCAAUAAAAUGGUUCAUAGAAAGUCAAACAGAGUAAUGGCUGUGAAACGUAUUCGGUCCACUGUGGAUGAAAAAGAACAAAAACAGCUAUUGAUGGACCUUGAGGUAGUCAUGAAGAGCAAUGAAUGCCCCUACAUUGUACAGUUUUAUGGAGCCCUGUUCAAAGAAGGUGAUUGUUGGAUUUGUAUGGAAUUAAUGGAUACCUCACUAGACAAAUUUUAUAAGUUUAUAUGUGAACGGAUGCAGCGACGAAUACCUGAAAUAAUAAUAGCAAAAAUAACACUAGCUACUGUCAAAGCUUUAAAUUAUUUAAAAGAAAAAUUAAAAAUUAUUCAUAGGGAUGUUAAGCCAUCUAACAUAUUGUUAGAUAGAAGAGGGAAUAUCAAACUGUGUGACUUUGGCAUUUCUGGUAAGCUUGUCGAUUCAAUAGCUCGCACUCGAGAUGCAGGAUGUCGUCCUUAUAUGGCUCCUGAAAGGAUUGACCCAGGGCGAGCAAGAGGGUAUGAUGUGAGGUCAGAUGUAUGGUCACUAGGUAUUACUUUGAUGGAAGUUGCUACAGGCUCCUUUCCUUACCCACGAUGGGGGUCUGUGUUUGAACAGCUCCAGCAAGUUGUACAGGGAGACCCUCCUCGCCUUACCAACAAAAACAACAUAUUUUCAAACAACUUUGUAAAUUUUGUUAAUACUUGCCUAAUCAAGGAGGAAACUCAGCGUCCGAAAUAUAAUCGAUUAUUGGAACAUCCAUUUAUAAAAGGGAUUGAUCAAAACCGAGUUGACGUAGCUGCCUACGUCUGUGAAGUCCUCGAUGCCAUGGAACGCAAUGGUGUCAGCCCAUUCACCACAGAUCAACCAGCACAGGCCUGGAUAGAUUAAUUCAUAUAUUCCAAAACUACUUUAAAUAGUUACUUUACAAGUUUAACUUGUUCACACGUGGUAUUAGUGAUUACACUUUCAAUCAUUGUAUUUAUUAUUAGUUUCUUUAAUUUAAAAAAGAAAUAUUCAAAUUAGCUUGCCUAACAAAUGAUAUCCCAACCAUAAUGAUAGAAGCAAAGUUCAAAUUCUUUUAUAUUUGAAUAGUAGUUCAUAAAUAAAUAUUAAGAAUUAGGAGAAGUAGGAAAUUCUUCUAUAAAAUAUACAUAAUUAUUAUAUGCUAGGUAUGUAUGCAUUGCACUUAUAUAAAAUACUUCAUGUUGCUAGUACAGAUUGUAUGGUCUAAUUUUAAAUUGUUCCCUUUAUCAUUAUAUUAUGUAUUAUUAUGAUUAGUAAUUAUAAUGUAGAAAAUUAUUCCAGAUACAAUUUUACCUUAUGUGUUAAAUAAUAGGAUGUAUUUAGAUAAUUAAUUCCUAAAUUGAGACAGACUCAUAACUUAAAAUUUAAAAAACCCCCGACACAAAAACCUCUAUAAGAAAACUAGAAAAGAGCUGAUAACUUUCAAACGGCUGAACCGAUUUUCUUCGAUUAGAGCUAAGAACAUUCUCGAUCAAGCC